AUGUGCGAGAACAACAAUUCGACUCAAAUAAGUCACUCAACUGAAUCAAUUCAAUCACAUACACCAGAUUCGUUAUUUACCAGUAACACUUUGCAAAUUAAACAUAAUUUGGGCAGUAAUAGAUCAAAUAAAACUUGCUCUAAUGAUAUUCCAAAGCACUUAUGGAAUAAAAGACACUCCUUGUUUGAAAAAUUUGAUGACGGAAUUCUUUUGGACUAUGAAUCAUUUUAUUCCGUGUGCCCUGAAAUAUUGAGCAAACAUAUUGCCAAGAGGUGUGAAGGUUACAAUGUAGCGAUGGACCCGUUUUGUGGCGCCGGAGGUAACGUAAUUCAGUUAGCAAUGAAGUAUAAAAAAGUGAUCGCGAUAGACAUCGACCCGAACAAAUUGGAAUUUGCUAAGAAGAAUGCGGAAAUUUAUGGUGUGAGGGAUAAGAUCGAAUUCAUCGAGGGUAAUUUUUUCACUUUAGCUAAAGACCUAAAGAAAUACAAAGCUGAAGUCAUUGUAACUUCGCCUCCAUGGGGAGGACCGUCGUACAAAAACCAUAAAGCAUACAGUUUGGAGAAAAAUAUGUGUAGUGAAUACGAAGGUGGCGGUCGAACGAUCUUCGAAUUGGCCCGAAGUAUUGCUCCAAACGUAGCACUACACAUACCUAAAAGUACUGACCGAAAUGAAUUGUUCAAAUUAGGAAAAUACUUUAAUAACAACAUAGAAAUACAGAAUAACUUCAUUAAUGGAAAACUGGAUUCCAUCACCACAUUUUUUGGUAGAUUCAAUUACAUGAAUUCAAAACGCAAGCAAACUAAUGUAAAACUCUUUAGUCAAAAAAGAAAACAAUAUUAA